UCCAAGCACCUGCACCUUCUCCUCCUCAUCGUAGCUACUGGGCUGGGCGGAUAAGGUAAUGACAGUUUGUUAACAGUUAUAUCGGUACCAAUACAGAGGAAGCAAAAAAGCCGUAAGCCGUGAGCCGCCGCCGUUUUGUUGUAAAUUGUAGAAAUGGAGAUAACAAGGAGCCUUCUACUCCAUUCGUCUUGCUCCAAGCUUCCACUCCGCACUCCCUCCCGCCGCUCUCAAGCUCCGGCUUCCACUUUCUCAAUUCCGACUACGUCUCGCACCCUCUUCCGAAAACCUCUCGCCGCCUCAUGCUUCGCCUCCGACUGCGGCGAUUCCAGCUCGGCAGCCAAGGUUUCUGUAGCUGACCCCUCUUCGGUAGUGAAGAACAAGGCAAUAGAUAUAACCCCUGAGCUGAAAGGAACUUCCAUAUUUCUUGUGGGCAUGAAGAGCUCCAUGAAAACCAGUUUGGGGAAGCUCCUAGCCAAUGUGUUGCGGUAUUAUUACUUUGACAGUGAUAGUUUGGUUGAGGAAGCUGCUGGCGGUGAAUCUGCUGCCAAAUUGCUUAGGGAGACUGACAAAUGGUUUUCGGAAUCUGAGACUGAAGUAUUGAAGCAAUUAUCAUCCAUGGGUCGAUUGGUGGUUUGUGCUGGAGAUGGUGCAGUUCAGAGUUCAACUAAUCUGGCUCUUCUGAGAUAUGGAAUCUCUAUAUGGAUUGAUGUACCUGUAGACUUGGUGGCCAGGGGCAUGAUCGAAGAUCAAAGUCAGCUUCCUGCACUCAACGUAUCUGCUUCAGCAUCUUAUCCAGAGGUUUUGACUCACCUAAGUACUUUGUAUGAAGAAGUCAGAGGUGGAUAUGAAACAGCUGAUGCAACCGUUUCCAUUGAAAAACUAGCUUAUCAAUUAGGUUAUGAUGAUUUUGGUGAUGUAACCACAGAAGACGUGGCAUUGGAGGUUCUGAAGGAGAUAGAGAAACUGACCAGAGUAAAGAAGAUGAUGGAAGCGGCGGCAAGACCAUUUUAACAGUCCGGCGGUGCAGAGCCCCAUUUUCAGCAGUUGGAACUAGUUUCUGCUGUAAUACCAAAUUCUGGGGAUGGCACCCUGAGGCUUUGUGCAUGUCGUGUGUUGGCUACAAUUCUGUGUUUGUUUUCCUCAACCAAAACGGCGCAUUGGCAUUAGCAAGUCUCAUGAAUUGAAAGGCUGGGAAUUCAUUCCCGAGAAAUUGGAACACUUUGAUGGAACGAGAUGUGUUUGUAAGGGUACUAUUUUCAAGUUUCAACGCACCUUUUUUACCUUGUGGACGCUCCGCUCUUGUUGAUUUUACUUUAAUUAUUUAAUCUAAAGGCUUAAUAAACUAGAA